UAAAUAUACAUCAUUUAAAACUGAGACCGAAUCAUUGCGGAUGGACUCAAUGAACAGUAUGGAACGAAGAUUGGUCGCUAUUGAGAACAAAGAAGACAGAAGUUAUACUUCCACUAGUGGGGAAGGGGGAGCUUCCAAAGAGGCUGUAGAUGGUUUGAAAACGCAAGUAAGACAACUUGAUAGAAUGGUAGGACUCCAUGAUGUUCGUUUAGCUGAGGUAGACCUCAGGAUGGACUGCAAUGACAUCACAUCUUAUGAUGGACACAUUAUCUGGAAGAUAACUGGAAUUGAACAAAGGAAACGUGAUGCCGUGAGCAGAAAGACCCUUUCACUGUACAGUCCUCCAUUCUACACUAGCAAGUAUGGCUACAAAAUGUGUGGACGUGUUUAUCUCAAUGGAGAUGGUAUCGGCAAAGGCACUCAUGUCUCCCUGUUCUUUGUUCUAAUGAAGGGAGAAUAUGACAAUGUACUUGAGUUCCCAUUUCGCCAAAAGGUUUCCUUCAUGAUUCUUGAUCAGUCAUCCGAG